UGAAAUCGUUUGCCGACUCGUGAUAAUACAUUAUAAAUACAGUUAUUUUGUUAGGUAACUGCCCACAUAUCUAGAGCCAUCUAUCAUAAUGGAGGUAUCAUUGUCUUUGUCAGAAAAUACAAAACCGUCUAAAUUAAGACCGUCUGACAUCUGUUUUAGUCAGAAGGUAGUCUACCAUCGUUUUCGGCGGCGGUCUGGACACGGACACAUGACCAUUGGCGAUACCCUAGACGAUAUAAUGGAGGGUCGACUGUCAAUGACAUUACUUCCGGAGAUAAGUUUAAAACAGGAGGAAGACGAGGAGACAGAUGGGGAUAUAUUGGUAGGCGGGAAGAAGACUCGUUGGAUUACCGCUGACAACCGUCGUCUUUGGAUUUUCAGACACUUGGAAAGACUAGGCAGAUGUAAAGAGAUUUCUUUCCAAGAGGUCUCUUAUAUCGACUCAAUGAAAAGAUCGUCAGAAAAUCGUGGUGUUUCUGUCGGGAUAAAAGACGACGCGGAACCAGGAGGCUACUGGCACAAGGCCCCGGAUGUUACGCACAUUGACCCGAUGAGUGUUAAAUUCACCAAAGAUGUUAUUCCAAUGACCUUUUCUUCAGGAGAUCAUUCAGGAGUUAACGUAAGGACUCUCGUCAAUGAACUGGUUUCUGAAAAUCUGGAAUGCCGAAAUAUACCGCCCAUCGUUGUUUGGCAAGACGAAACAGCAAUGAGUGUCAUCGACGGAAAUAGACGUCUUUGGGCUUUCCAGAAAUCAACAAAAUCCGAAAUCGCUGCGAUUGUUAUAGAGGAUCGAAAAUUCCUGGACAAUACGAUGCCAAGAAUGAUUGGCGGACUAGUAUUAACGGAAAUACCAGCAAGCAAGGAGUGAACCAGAGGACGUUAUUAGCACGGAAAGUGAUAAACAGUUGAACAGCAGAACGUUAUGAACAGCGAACAGAUUAUCACUAGUUCCGUUUGCAUGGAGAAAGAUCAACUACAUGGUCCGAGAUCAUUUAUACCACAUUUAGAUUAUACUUGGACUCGUAUUACGUACUCUCUCCCCGCCCCAUCCACACUCUCUCUCUCUCUCUCUCUCUCUCUCUCUCACACACACACACAUCAUAUGUUUACAUACGUAUAAACGCGUGUGAGUUUGUGUGUAUUGGUGUGUGAAUGAGUGAACGCAUGUACGUCAAUUUGUCAUUUCGAUAACUUAUUUUUAAAGUAAUUUUGAGGGUGCCAUCUUGUAAGUUUGUUGUAUAUAUGAUUGUUAUAUUUAUGGAAAGAGCUUUAUAUAAAUUGUAUGACUUGUGCCAAAUUCAGUUGCAUUAUGGCAAUAAAAAAGUAUUAAAUCUAAA